CUGGCGUGUCAGCUCAGCACAGAAACUAUGUGGUCUUCCUGUGUGACCGUGCUCUAAGUCUUUAUGCUCAUGAUAUCAGCAAGACACACUCAUUAUUUUGAAGGAUUUUUACACCCAUUGAAGAACAAGCAUCUUUGAAGAACACAAUGGAAAGCAGUGUUAUCACAUCUACUUCAGGCAUCCUGUCCUAUGACCCUGAUACUUAUAAUCCCACCAAUGAGUUUUAUUCCUACCUCAUCCCAGAGGAAUACAGCCAUGGAGUCCAGAAUGGGUGGGAGUGCCACCCUGCUCUCCUCCACCACCAUGAGGGUGAGGUUCCCAAUGGCAGCUACCUGACUGAGCUCAGCACUGCUCCGAUUUAUUAUGGCGAGGUUAAAUCUCCACACCACUCCGUAGACCCUGUGUUUGAUAGACAUUCUGUGGACGUUUCUUCACAGUGCUUUUACUACCAGUGCUCACCUGCAGCCCAGUACAGCUCCCAUGAGGAGGACACGGGUGACCAAAGCCCGCCAUUAGAAGUGUCGGAUGCAGAGGAAGAUCAUCUGGAUCCUCACCAUGCCCAACACUACCAGUCUCGAUACAGUAACAACAAGAAAGUGCGUCUGUACCAGUUCCUGCUGGACUUGCUGCGGACGGGCGACAUGAAGGACAGCAUCUGGUGGGUGGACCAGGAGCAAGGGGUCUUCCAGUUCUCCUCCAAGCACAAGGACACGCUGGCGUACCACUGGGGCGUCCAGAAGGGCAACCGCAAGACCAUGACGUACCAGAAGAUGGCCCGCGCACUGAGGAAUUAUGGGAAAACAGGGGAGAUUCAGAAGAUCAAGAAAAAGCUGACCUAUCAGUUCAGUGGAGAGGUGCUACAGAGAACGUCUGUCAGAAGAAGGCCCUGAGGACCACAGGGACAUUUGUUUUAAACUGAACUUUAUAUACACACUGGACUGUGUCUAUUUGUGAUCUCAACCUAUCUGAAUUUUUACACUGGAGGGGGUUAAAAUGAAAUGUCAAAAACGGAUAAAUACGUCAAUAAAAAAACAGCACCAGUUGACUAAAUUUGGAACCAUCCAUGAAAAUGAAAUGGACUAGUAUAGAAAAGCUUUACUUGUCAUAACACCAGGUAUAACGGCAGAGAGAAUCUUACUAUCUCUGAUGACGGCCUUGUUCAGGGCCAAGGUAGCAAUAGAUUUUUAACAAAAAAUCUGAUUGUAUCCCUCAGGGAAAUGUAAAAAGUGCAUAAAACCUCACACACCUUAUAUCCAAGUGCAUACACACAACCAUAUAACCCAGCUUUACAUACAUAGCCUCAUUAAACACAUUAGUAAUGAAAUGGCUAUUGGGUAAAAUCUUUUUUGGGUAUGGGUCUGUCACAAUUUUGAGGCCGCAAAAAUAUGCAUCCAGUGUGCAUUGGGAAGGACAUGUUACAGUAUUUCACAUAGCCUAUGUAGGUACGUAUAUAGGCCAAUGUUGGGUGUAUGUAUGUAGCCCUACAAUAAAUUGCUGCCUGGUUUGUGGGGGUCGACCUAUACUUUAUAAAAAAUAUUUCCCAUUUUGUUGUCUCAACUUCUGGAUUUAGGUUGAGUGAACUGCAGCUGAAAAGUUUUUUUUGUUUUUUUUAACACAGCCUUUUUGUUGAGAUAACUCAAAUAUCUGACUGCCCUGAAUGUUUGUGUACAUAAUUUAGAUUUUUUAACUUCCCCAAUUCUUUGAGGGGUACUGAAGAUAUUCCCAAAAAAAUGUUGUUAGAAAAGUUUUUAUUUUAAAGAUAUGUGUGAAAGAAAUGUGUCGAUUACAGGGGACACUGGAACGUCAUAUGUUGAAAUUUUACCUGAAUUGCUCUCAAUCAAUCUGGAUGAAA